AUGGCUGAUCUCAGGGCCCCCAACCAGGAUCUCUGCAAGCAAGCCACUUGUCCAAUCUGCCUGGAGUAUUUUCGGGAUCCAGUGAUCAUCCCGGAAUGCGGGCACAGCUUCUGCCGAGCCUGCCUGAGCCAGUGCUGGGAGAAAUCUGGGGCAGAGGCUUCCUGCCCUCAGUGCAGGGAAAGGGUUCCGCACAGGAACAUCAUCCCAAAUCGGCGGCUGGCAAAUGUUGCAGAGAUAGUCAAGAAACUCAGCCUCCAAGAGGAGAAACGGGUAGAAGGAAGAGUCUGCGAGAAGCACCAGGAGCCCCUGAAACUCUUCUGCAAGGACGAUGAAGCCCCCAUCUGUGUGGUGUGUGACAGAUCCAAGGAGCACACAGGCCACAAGGUGAUUCCUCUGGAAGAGGCUUCCCAGGAGUACACGAAAGGGGCAAAGGCCGAUGGGACGGAGAAGGGCCCUCAGUCAAAGCCUUGCCGGCCCUUCUGCUAUAUCUGCAUGCCCCUGGAAGAAAAUGGGGCAGCCGUCAAAACCGUUGGCUGGGCCCUUUCAAAGCGGAUCUUGGAAAUGAACGGGAACCCGGUCCCUCAGGUUGUGUGGUUUGAAAGCAAGCCCAAGGCACGAGGCCAGCUCAGGAGCGAGCAACGCUGCACCAAGUAG